AUGUCCUCUGAUCAAUAUUCCGCCCCCGAAAACUCCGCCAACAAAUUUGAUGGCGACAACUACGCGACUUAUCGCCGCUACAUGCGUGGCGUGUUCCUGAUCAAGUCGAAGGGGCACGGGGUCAACCGGGACACCACCUCCACCUUUGCCGUUCCUCGAGCCAUCGACAAAUAUGUCAAGGCGAGCAAUAUUGCGUUUGGCUUGAUGUUGCUACAUAUAAGCGCAAAUCAUCAUCACGUUUUCGAUGACUUCGAGGAAGCAUGGGUCGCCAUGGAGAUGGCGGAAGGCGGGCACGUCUUGCAUCAUUGCAAUGAAGUCCUCAACAUCAGCGCCAAGCUCAGCACCAUCCGCGCUAAGAUAGAUAACCAAGACAUGGUGAUAUGCUUAGUGCGCAGCCUCUUCAAGAUAGAGGAGAAUGAUGUUAUCAACUUGGAGAUGGAGAGCGCGGCACUGCGAUCGCAAUACGUUGAGAAGGUGCUAACGAAUGAGCACAUUAAAAUACAAGGAAACAAGAUGACAUUGGUGAAGACUAAAGAAGCGACCAAGGUCUUCAGUGUCGAGAGCGAGUUCGUAGUGUACGUUCUUCAAAUAAUAAGGGCACACGGUGGAAAAGUGCUGACCAAGCAGAAGAAAGAAAACCGGGGAGAUCUACGCGGCGGCAACAAUGCUAGUGGACGUGUAGCGAUUCAAGUCCAGUGA